CCCCACCAUGUCUCUUUCGCCGUGUAGACCCCCGAGGGACUUCAGUGUGCGCUCAGUCUCUCCUGCCCCUUCCCGGGGCCGUGGCAGGGGCAGUGGCUUCAGCAGCAGGAGCCUCGGCUCCUUUGGGGGGUGCCGAGGAGGCUCCCGUGGCAGGGCCUGGGGAUCACGAGCGAGGCUGGGGCUGCAGUUUGGCCAGGGGAACGGUGGAGCUGGGCUUUCCCCGUGCCCUUCGGGGGGCAUCCGAGAAGUGACCGUCAACCAGAAUCUGCUGGCUCCCGUGAAAGUGGACAUUGACCCUCAGUUCCAGGCUGUGCGAACGCAGGAAACGCAGGAGAUACGAGCCCUCAACAAUCAGUUCGCUUCCUUCAUUGACAAGGUGCGCUUCUUGGAGCAGCAGAACCAGGUGCUGGAGACCAAGUGGGAGCUGCUGCAGCAGCUUGGGGAGAGUGAUGGCCCCCGGGACCUGGGGCCCGUCUUUGAGGCCUACCUGGCCCAGCUCAGAAGGCAACUGGAGCAGGUACAGAGAGAGCGAGGUGCCCUGGAUGCUGAACUGAAGAACUGCCAGGACCAGGAGGAGGAGUACAAGGCCAAGUACCAGGAGGAGGCCCGCCUGCACGCCACGGCUGAGAACGACUUUGUGCUCCUCAAGAAGGAUGUGGAUGGGGUUUUCCUAAGCAAGAUGGAGCUGGAUGGUCAACUGGAGGCUCUGCAUGUGCAUGUCUCCUUCCUGAAGCAUUUGUAUGAAGAGGAGCUGGGCCAGCUCCAGACGCAGGGCAAUGACAUGUCCGUGGUGCUGUCCAUGGACAACAAUCGCAGCCUGGACUUGAGCGGUGUCAUUGCUGAGGUCCGUGCCCGCUAUGAGGACAUCGCCAGGACCAGUAAAGCCGAGGCCCAGGCCCUGUACCAGAGCAAGUACCAGGAGCUCCAGACAUCCGUCCAGCUUCGUGGGGAUGACAUGAAGGCGGUCAAGGCCCAGAUCUCGCAGCUGCAUCGUGCCAUUCAGGGGCUGCAGAAUCAGAUCGAGAACCUCAAAAAGCAGAAUAACAACCUGCAAUCGGCCAUUACUGACGCGGAGCAGCGUGGCGAGCUGGCCCUCAAGGAUGCCCAGGCAAAGCUGGACGGGCUGGAGGGAGCUCUGAGAUCGACCAAGCAGGAGUUGGCCCGGCUGCUGCGUGACUACCAGGAGCUGAUGAGCGUGAAGCUGGCCCUGGAUGUGGAGAUCGCCACCUACCGCAGGCUGCUGGAGGGCGAGGAGAGCAGGUUGUCAGGGGAGUGCACCAGCCAGGUCACAGUUUCCGUGGUGGAAGGCAGCGCUGUGGCAGUGCCUGUAGGAACUGGCGGAGGCCUGGCCGGCACGUGUGGAUUCGCAGGUGGACAGGGCAGCUCCGUGGUGGUUCCUGGAGGAGUUGGUGGAGGCCUGGCUGGCACGUGUGGAUUCGGAGGCAGACAAGGCAGCUCUGGGGCUGGCUGCUCCAGCAUUGUGACGGGAGGCUCCAGUGUCACGUUGGGCUCCGGGCAGGGCCCCGCUGUGGGUUCCUGCUCUGUGACUGGCUCUGGCUUCAGCUCCAGCUCUGGCUUCAGCUCAGGCUCUGGCAGCCAUACCAUCGUAAAGAAGACGGUUGAGUCAAGUCUGAAGACAUCUGUCACUUACUGAGUGACCGGGCUGCCACCUCCUCCCUGAAUCCCUGCACUUCUUAUUUCCUACCUGGCUCUGUGCCACAGCAGCUCUGUAUCUCCUGCCCAUGGCCCAAGUCAGCCAGCAGUGGAUUCUGUCAGUCAUUAAAACCCCACCUACCCACUGUUCUGACUGCUCUCCCAUUGGUCCUUGCUCUGCAGAAAGCAGCCAGCAGUUCUAUUAAAGUCAAUUUAAGCAUG